AUGGCUACCGUCAUCAUUCAGUACCCCAGCGGUCACGACUUCGAUCUCGACUACUACCUCAAGACACACAUGCCUCUUGCCGAUAAGACAUGGAAGGACAAGGGUCUGAAGAGCGCUAAAGUUAUCAAGCUGGGUGGUGACAGCCCUUACCAAAUCUACACCGUCCUUCGAUGGGAGAGCCUGGCUGCUUUCCAAGCUGCCGCCACUGCCGAGGACGCCAAGGCUGUUCAUGAGGAUGUGAAGAACUUUACUACAGCCAAGGCCGACGUCCGCGUUGGCGAGACCAUUGCUGAGUCUAAGCUUUGA